CCCAAACUCUUUAAUGGAGGAAAAAAGAGUUGCAGGGCUCCAUGGCUACAAAAAACACCUUCUUCUCUUCCCUCUGCCAGCUCAAGGCCACAUAAACCCCAUGGUCCAGCUAGCUAACAUACUCCACAACAGAGGUUUCUACAUAAGCAUAGUCCAGACAGAUUUUCGGGCUGCUCACCUCAAGCCUAGACCCGGGUUCGCCAUCGAGAACAUUUGCUUGGGCCUAUCGCACCAGGAGAUUCUAGUCAUGGAUAUUAUGGAGGAUGCGGCUGAAGAGCUUGGGAUUAUGAGAAUGGCUUUGAGAACCAGUAGCCCAACGUCGCAAUUGGUUUAUGAGUCUUUUCCGGUUCUUAUAGAGAAGGGCUAUCUUGGAGAUGGAGCCCAGUUCUCUGAUGAGGAGCCGCUUUCCGACCUCUCUCCACUCCGGGUCAAGGAUAUCCCCUUAAUCGAUAAGAAACAAUCGGAAUCCUUAUAUAUCUUUGUCUCCACUUUCGUCAGCAAAACUUACAGUGCCUCUGCUAUAAUAUUCAACUCCUCAGAAGCUCUCGAACACCUCACUCUCCAAAGACUUCAACAGCAAUUUUCCGGCAAAGUCUACACCAUUGGUCCCCUGGUCUCACCAAUUCCUGCGAGCCUUUGGCCAGAAGACUGCAGUUGCAUCUCCUGGCUCGAUACAAAAACCUCUGGGUCGGUAAUAUACAGCUUUGGAAGUGCAGCCACAAUUGAUUCAAAGCAAUUGAUUGAGAUAGCAUGGGGCCUGGCAAAUAGUGGGUGCCCCUUCUUGUGGGUGGUGCGCCCAGGCUUGGUUAGUGGGGUUGAUGAGGCCGAGCUUCCCAGUGGGUUCAUGGAUCAAGUGGGCUCGCGUGGGCUAGUGGUGCGCUGGGCCCCUCAGAAAGAGGUGCUAGCUCACCGAGCGGUGGGUGCAUUCUGGACUCAUUGUGGUUGGAACUCGACACUCGAGAGCGUGUGAGUUGGUGUGCCUAUGGUAAUUGCGGACCAGAGGGUGAAUGCAAGGUUGGUGUGUGAGCUUUGGAGGGUUGGGGUGGAGAUGGGGAAAGAGGCGGAGAGAGGAGAGGUGGAGAAGGCGGUGAGGAAGUUGUUGGUGGAGAGAGAGGGGGAGGAGAUGAGAGAGAGGGUAAGAGAAUUGAAGAAAGCAGCAGACAGAAGCAUGGAGAAGGGUGGCUCUUCCUAUGAGGCUUUGGAGGCACUGAUGGAGCAUCUCAUGUCUUGCUAAGAAACAAUGGUCUUAUCUCUUGCGUUAAAUUUUAGUAUUUUAAACCAAUCUUCCAUUCAGCAUUAUAAAGUU